CAAAAUAAUUUUAAUCAAAAAUAUGUUUUAAAUAAAAAAGCAACACAAUAAUGAUUUGGAUCGAAAAUAUAAAGAAAUUAUUAGUAUAGUAAAUCUAUUGGGUAUGAAUAAAGUGCCGUUAUCACAAUGCCAAUAGGAAAAAAGAAAUAUGUAAAAAGGAAGAAAAAAAUAACGAAAUCAAAAUCUGUUCCUAAAGAGGCUACAAAACUAUUGGCAAUUGAAAAUUCUGCCAUUGCUUCAGGACCGGGGCUAGUUAAAAAAUUCUAUGACAAAGUUGGUGUCAAACGAAUUUAUACUCCAUUUCAUACGUUUGGGUAUAGCCAGAUAAAACGAAUGGAGAAAAAUCAAAUAAAUUCUCACGCAGGGCUUUCUCCAAAGGAGAAAAGUUACGUUAUAUGCACAUGUGAAGCAAAAUCUACGAAGUAUGUAAGUCUGAAAACAAAAGCAGCUGAAGCAAUACGAGAAGCUAAAAUAUUUUCCAUCCAAGGGAACUGUAGUCCCGUUCGAAAAGCUCUUCUUGAUCGUGGAUGGCUCGAGAAGUUGCCUCCAAAUCGAAUGAAUCUAACAAAAUUACGACGUGGUACAUUUUCCAAUAAAACGGAUGUGCAAAGUGAGCUAGAACGGUUGCUUCUUUCAAAUUUUGUUGAAAAAUGCAGUCCCAAUUUUGUUUGGCGCACUCGUGAUGAUCGAAGAGACACAACAAUAGACAUGACUAAAGAUUACAAUACUAUUAUCAAUAAAUUAGAAAUUGAUGCUAUGUGGACUUCUAAACAAGGGUUAUGCUCUUCAAUGAAAAGAAAUUACUGGUUCUAUAUUGAAGAUAUUGCAGAAGUAAAUGGUCCGCGAUCGUAUAAUAUACCUGAGCCUGGCGAAAUAGAGGGGUUUAUAAAAGAUUACAAAAUUACUGCCUGCACUAGUUUAUUGAAGUGGUUACUUUCAAUGGUAGCGAAUAACAGACCAGUAUUUGUUGAUGAUGGCGAAAUUUCUAUGAAUGUCAUCGUAUUUGCUUUAAAAAGAUGCAAAGAGUAUUUGCUACGUAAACAGCAUAAAGACAUUGAUCGGGAGAUAAACAUAAUAACUAACGAACAGUGGAAUUCAUUUUUGAAAAAAUACUAUUGUAUAAUUGCUAAAGACGAAAUAUUUCGAAAAGAUAAGUAUGAUAAGUUACCGUUGUAUUUAUGCUAUGCUAAAUUUUUAUUAAAAGAAAUUCAUAGAUAUAGACCACAAUUAAGUUGUGAAGGAUGUCAUAAUAUUUGGAUAAUAAAACCUGCACAUUGUUCGAGAGGGAGAGGCAUACGAAUGGCAUCAAAAUUAGGUGUUAUCACUGAUUUGUUGAAUAAAGCAAGUGCAAAACAUGUUAUUCAAAAAUAUAUUGAAGAACCACUUUUAAUCCAUGAUACUAAAUUUGAUAUCAGACAAUAUUACUUGGUCACCAGUACAUAUCCUUUAGUUGUUUGGAUGUACAAGGACUGUUAUUUAAAAUUUAGUUCACAAAAGUAUAGUCUGAAAAAUUACCAUGAAUCAAUCCAUUUGACGAAUAAUGCUGUACAAAGAAAGUAUACAAAUUGUGAAGGAAGACACUCUGAACUUCCAUCGAAUAAUAUGUGGGAUUUAGACAAAUACAAAAAUUAUUUGGAUAACAUCGGAAAGGAUAAAGUUUGGGAUAACAUUAUUUACCCAGGAAUGAAAAAAUCAAUUAUUGGAAUAAUGCUUAGUUGCCAAGACACCUUGUCCGUUUGCAAAAAUCGAUUUGAAUUAUAUGGAUGUGAUUUUAUUUUGGACAAGGAAUACAAACCGUGGUUGAUAGAAAUAAAUUCAUGUCCCGAUCUCAAUAGUACGACUCUAGUAACUGGAAAAAUUUGUCCAGCUGUUGUAUCCGAUAUAAUAAAAGUUGUUAUCGAUUAUGCACAUAAUCAUAAAGCUUCGACCGGAAAAUUCGAAUGUAUUUAUCGACAACCUAUGACACUACCGAAAUAUGGCAAUGCAGCGGAUAUGACCGUACAAGGUCAUUCAUUACCCUAUGACUAUUUCUAUAGAGGCAAUAUAGAAAUAAAAGAAUCUUAUGAUGACAUUGAAAUGGAGACAGAGUAUAAUAUUCGCGCCGUCCUAAACAAACUUAAGCGUUUACAUGGAACAGACACAGUAAUGAAAAAACCUAUCGAAGACACUAAUUAUGGUAAUUCAAAGGAAAGUAAUGACUCUCGCACUCAGAGUACUCUGUCCGAAAAUGAAAUGAGUCCUAGUCCGGAAAGGCAAAGCGAUAGAUCUGGAGAUAUUCUUGUAACUGAAGAUGUUAAUUCUGACAAAAGUUUGUCUUCAAAAAAUAUUCCGGUAAUAGACUGUUCAGUUUCUCACUCUAGCUCCAAUCAUUCCAAACGAAUACAGAACGUUUGUAGUGUUACGGAUCUCAAUACAUUUCUUAACCGCUAUAAGAACACGGAAAUAAAGCAAUCAUUCAGUUUCAGUAAACUAGAUGAUGGACCGCUUGGAAAAGCGAGUUUUAAUGAUAUUUUUUCAGAGAAAAAGAAAAAAAUGGAUUCGGCACUAUCAUUAUAUGACAAGAAAAGUAAUCAUUUAAAUAUUACCUCACUUAUACCAAACGGAGAAUUAUUGUUAGCUAAUUGUCAUAAAAAUGAUAGUAUGUUUAUGGCGGCAUCAAAAAUAAUAACAUUUAUUAAGGAAAAAGAAAAAGAGUAUGAAGCAGAAUAAUACAUAAAUAAUUUCUUUUUUCCAAACCAAUGCUAAAUAUUAUU